UUGAUCUGCCAGUGAGAAAAACAGAAGGCAUGAAGCUUUUCCUUCUCCUGAUUCUCUCUGGAGGGGCAGUUGCGCUGGAAGGAGAUAACAAGAUUGUUGGAGGAUAUGAGUGCCCCAAGAACUCUGUGCCCUACCAAGUGUCACUCUUCACUGGGUACAACUUCUGUGGGGGGGUUCUUAUCUCUGAUGAGUGGGUGCUCUCUGCUGCACACUGCAAACCAAACUCAAAUCUAGAAAUUCGUCUGGGGGAGCACAACAUCUGGGAACCUGAUGGGACUGAACAGCACAUCAUGUCUGCUGAGUUUAUUCGCCACCCUGACUACGAUUCCCGUACACAGGACAGCGACAUCAUGCUGAUCAAACUGAGUCGACCUGCCGCUCUGAGCAGCUACGUGCGUCCUGCUGUGCUUCCUUCAAGGUGUGCCAGUGAGGGGACAGUGUGCCAGGUCUCAGGAUGGGGGAAUCUUCGUCCCAGCGAUGAGGGCUCAAGAUACCCAGAUAAGCUGCAGUGCCUGGAGGUCCCUCUCCUGAGUGAUGACACCUGCUUUAACGCAUAUCCUUUCCAAAUUACUGAAAACAUGAUCUGUGCUGGAUAUCUGGAGGGAGGGAAGGACUCCUGCCAGGGUGACUCAGGGGGCCCAUUGAUGUGCGACGGAGAGCUCCAGGGAGUUGUGUCAUGGGGGCACGGCUGUGCACAGAGGAACAAGCCUGGGGUGUACACAAAAGUUUGCAAUUAUGUUUCCUGGAUUAAGAACACAAUGGCAUCUGAAUGAACAGAAAAGAUUCAUGCCAGCUGGUUAAUUUCAGUAAAGUCAUCUACAUGAUGUGUGGUGUGUA